AUGGCCGAAGCACAAAUGGGCGAUAAGUCGGUUCGGGAAUUAAAGCGGUGUGACGGGUAUAGUCUAUCGUUGGCGGUAAGACAGUUACCAGACUCCAAUAUAGACAUUAUCGGUGACAUUUCUACCGGUACGUUCCGCCCUGUAGUCCCGCAGUCUUUCCGCCGCAAAAUUUUCGAAAGUUUGCAUUGUUUAUCGCACCCGGGAGUCCGUGGAUCUCAAAAGCUUAUCAGCCAAAGUAUUAACGUGGAUAUAACCGGACCACUACCCAGUUGUAACGGAUAUCGAUAUAUCCUACUUAUAAUUGACCGUUUUACUCGGUACCCCGUAGUUGUCCCAAUCGCAGAUAUUACGAUCGAAACGGUGGUGAACGCAUUUUGCCUCAACUGGGUUGCAAAUUUCGGAGCCCCCGCCCAAAUAACGACCGAUCGAGGUGCGCAUUUUACAUCAUCCAUCUGGUUCGAUAUGGCUAAAUUCCUCGGAGCCAAAUUAAUUUUCACCACGAGCUACCAUCCAAUGUCUGAUGGUAUGGCGGAGAGAAUUUUCCGUUCCCUUAAGGCGUCGCUUAUGUCGCAACUCAACGAUAACGGUUGGCUUGAAAACUUACCCUGGGUUAUGUUGGGCCUCCGCGCCGCAUACAAACAGGACCUUACAUGUUCCAGCGCCGAGUUGGUAUACGGGACCACAUUAAAACUACCAGGCCAGUUUUUCGACGAGCCUACCACCACUACCGCGGAUCAUCGAACGUUUCUCGAUGGCCUACGUAAGCGCAUGCAAUCAUUGAGACCAACACUUCCCAGACCGUUAUUGCAAAAUCCGUCAUACAUCGAUAAUAAGUUGUUCUCGUGCACACACGUAUUCGUCCGCGUAGAUCGGGUUAAGAAGGCUCUAGAUUCUAGAACGUCCCUAUGA